AUGCCACGAUCGGUAUCCUCCUAUUUCACCUCUUCUCCCCUGCAGGGCGAACAGAUUGCAAGUGAAGAAGGUGGCUCGAGGACCGCCCCGCAAACGGCUCCUCCCUCCCCGUCCGCGACGAGGCGGGGCUACGGUCUCCUCCCCGAGCCCUAUACAGGCUAUCAAUCGUUAGAGCCACCGAUAGAAGCGGGAGAGACCACCGGCCUGCUAGGGAAGGCCCAACCAAGCGAACGGGGUGUACCCAGCCGCUCCUACACCACCUUCUCCGCCUCCUCAGGUCCUGAGCCUGGGUUUCGACAUACAAUAUGGGCUAGCAGCCUCCGUCGCUCGCGACACCAUAGUAGGACAAACUCACAGAGCAAACGGUUCCAUGAACCGGACAGCAUGGACACUCCCCGAGUCGAAAGUUCUACACCGUCGACCAAGCAUCCGAUGACGGCUUCAUUUAUGGAUGACCGAACUUGGUACGAUCAGUUCACUUCGACCGAUUGGGUCCAUGAUAGUGUCGCUGAUGGAGCUCGUCUUCGGGAGCUGCGAGCGCGAAAGGAUACGCGUGGUCGGUUACUAGCUUUGUUCGACGGCGCCCAGGGCUGGAUCCUGGUUGCUGUAAUUGGGUGCAUCACGGCGGCAAUCGCCUACUUUGUGGACGUCACGGAGGAGUUUGUGUUUUCCCUCAAGGGAGGAGUCUGUACGACGCGAUGGCUCCAUAGCCGCCAGACGUGCUGCGUAGACGCCCGUGAUUGUUCCGCAUGGCGAUCUUGGUCCGAAAUGAUGAACCGCCAGGGCGCGGGCAAUCAGUGGGUUGAUUUUGCAGUCUUUGUCACUUGGGCGGUUGCUCUGGCCGUGAUAUCCUGCGUUCUGACCUUACUGACUAAGACUGUUGUGCCAUCGUCGGUUUCCUUGACGACGCUGGACGAAAAUCUCGGUGCAGGUUGGUCUCGCGGUUCAAAACGAACAACCGGCGUUGACGCUUCUCCUGCCUCCGAGAGCAGCGGGAACCUCUCUCGAUAUCCCACCAUCCCCACGCGCCCCGACAUGGUUUAUUACUCCGCUGCUGGCAGUGGCGUGGCGGAGGUAAAGGUCAUCAAUAGUGGCUUUGUCCUGCAUGGUUACUUGGGCUUCAAGACCCUGGUCAUCAAAACCAUCGCUCUGGUCUUCAGCGUUGCAUCUGGUCUGAGUCUCGGCAAGGAGGGCCCAUACGUGCACAUUGCAACUUGCGUGGGAAACAUCUGCUGUCGAAUGUUUUCCAAGUACAACCUGAAUGAUGGGAAGAGGCGUGAGGUUCUAAGUGCCAGUGCUGCAAGUGGCGUUGCUGUCGCCUUUGGAGCCCCAAUUGGCGGAGUUCUCUUCAGCUUGGAGGAAGUCAGCUACUACUUCCCCCCGAAGACUCUCUUCCGGACCUUUUUCUGCUGUAUUGCUGCCGCCCUUUCGUUGAAAUUUCUCAACCCGUAUGGCACGGGCAAAAUCGUUUUGUUCGAGGUGCGCUAUCUGGAGGACUGGGAAAUUUUCGAACUGAUCAUAUUUAUGUUCCUCGGAGUACUUGGCGGCGCAGUGGGUGCUCUCUUUAUCAAAGCGUCGAGUCUGUGGGCUCGCUCUUUUCGGCGAAUCCCCAUCAUCAAGCGCUGGCCGUUGUUCGAAGUCAUUCUUGUUGCGCUGCUGACCGGGUUGGUCAGCUUCUGGAAUCGGUACACGAAACUUCCUGUGACGGAACUUCUGCUCGAGUUGGCGAGUCCGUGUGAAUCCUCGUCCUCGGACGGAUUGUGCCCACAUCCCGAUGGCAUUGGCGAGGUAAUUCGUUCUCUGACCGUGGCAUUUGUCAUUAAGAGUCUCUUGACUGUGGUGACCUUUGGCAUCAAGCUCCCUGCUGGUAUUUAUGUGCCGUCGAUGGUUGUUGGGGGACUGAUGGGCCGCAUUGUUGGACACAUGACGCAGUACCUGGUGCUCCAGUACCCCGACUUUUUCUUAUUCCGGUCAUCCUGUCCGGCCAUUGCUGGGAUCGAAUCCUGCGUAACCCCCGGGGUGUAUGCUAUGGUCGCUGCUGGCGCCACUAUGUGCGGUGUUACCCGCUUAUCUGUCACACUUGCGGUCAUUCUGUUCGAGCUGACAGGAAGUCUGGACCAUGUGUUGCCAUUUUCUUUGGCUGUGCUUUGCGCCAAGUGGACUGCAGAUGCCAUUGAGCCUCAUAGCAUUUAUGAUUCCUUGACGGAAAUGAACUCUUAUCCGUUCCUUGACAACAAACUUCAGCCCAUGUCCGAUGCGCAACUUGGCGAUAUUGUUCGACCCGUACGACGGAGUCGGUUGAUUGACAUUACGGAAUCUUCUCUGGUGCCGGCGAGAGAGCUGCGUUCGAAACUUCAGCAUCUUUUGAUGGCAGGGGAGCUCGACAGCGGUCUCCCGAUCCUGCGCGAUGGCAUUUUGAUGGGGCUUAUUCCCGCGCCUGAUCUAGAGUAUGCCCUCGACAACCUGGAUGACGAAGAAAACACACUGUGCUUGAUGGCAAUGGAUACCUCUUCUGUUGUUUCCGAGGGCGAAGGCGACAGUCCCACUGAAGUGGACUUUACGCGAUACAUUGACCCGGCUCCUCUCUCUCUGGAUAUCCAUUCCCCCAUAAACCUUGUAUAUCAAUGCUUUGUCAAGCUAGGGCUGCGCUAUCUGUGUGUUCUCCGCGACGGACAAUAUGCCGGCCUAGUACAUAAGAAAGCUUUCGUGAAAUUCAUGAAAGACCACGAGUGA